AUUUAUAGGCUCUCGAUUAUGGUCGUCGGUAAUUGAUAACGUAAUCGCCUUAUGCGAAACGCUUUUUCCGGAUGAGCUUCACGUCUUGCUGAGAAGAAUUUACUGGUCUAAGGGAAUUCACGCGGAAAAGAUCGAGCGUGAGUGACUGAUCGCGAGUGACGAUCGCGCGAGUGACUGUGUCGCGUGCAAGGGCAACCGCAAAUUUCGUUAAGUACUACAAAGUCUACUUGGAAGAAUCGUCCAAUCUCCUACAUUUAAGUUGGAGAACGGAAAAGUCAGUCGUUCUCCUCAGCUCGCCGGAGGACAUUAGACAUUAGCAAAGAUUCGCGCAGCCGCUCUCCCACUUUUUGCGAUCGAAACCAAUGCACCGGCAGAUUUAUCAAUCAUCGACACAGAAGCCAUCCGUUUGUCAUUCGUCGUGAUAUGCCAUUGUGAUCGAGAGGAAUUAUUCUUCAAGCGCUGCAUAAUUACAGCUAAAAUUAAGCAUAAACGCAUGCGGCAUCUCGAGGACGAUAAACGAUUUAAAUAGCCGCAAUAUCCGGCAAAAUAUCUGAAUAAAUUUUCCGAUUGCGAACGAACGAGAUGGCGAGCGUGGACAAAGAUCUCGAAGAGCUUAUGUCCCACCUGGGUGAAUUCGGUAAAUAUCAAUUCCGGCAGCAUUGCCUUCACCUAUUCGCCGCUCUUACGGCCGGUGUGCACAUGCUGUCUCUACUGACAGUCGCGGCGGUACCAGCGCAUCACUGCAACAUCCCUAAAGCGAACGAGUCAUUGACCAAGGAGCUGUUCAAUUUCACCACUCACAAUUGGAACAACUCGGACGUGCCUCUUCCACGUAAUCUCGAUAGCUGUCACUAUCUGGAUCACGACAACAUUAUCCGGGAAUGCGACUCGUGGACCUAUGACACAACAUACUUUCAGUCGUCACGCGGCAUGGAGUGGAACUUUGUUUGUUCGCGACGUUGGAUGAGCGCCGCGGCGCAAUCCUCGUACAUGUUCGGCGUGUUUGUGGGUGCGGUCACCCUCGGUAGCAUGGCAGACAAGUAUGGCAGGAAGAUCAUAUUCUACGUGUCUGCCGUGGCGCAAUUAGUGCUCGGAGUAUUGGUCGCCCUAGUAAAUAACUACUAUAUCUUUCUGAUAAUACGGUUUCUGUAUGGUAUUUUUGGUUCCGCUGGCGCGUACAUCACCGGAUUCGUGCUGACGAUGGAACUGGUGGGUUCGUCCAGAAGGACCGUGUGUGGCGUGUUGUUUCAAUUGAUCUUUGCCGCGGGUUUUGUAUUGGUGGCUGCAUGGGGCAUUGUACUCAAGGAUCGUAUGUGGCUCCAAAUCGUAUAUGGUUUGCACAGCGUAAUUCUGCUUGGCCACUGGUGGUGGAUGGACGAAUCGCCUAGAUGGCUGUGGGCACACAAUCGUGCCGCUGAGGCAAUCAUCAUCGUACAGAAAGGCUUAAAGGUGAACGGCAGUGACAUCCACGUGAACGCGGCCAAACUGAUCAGUAAAUCGAAAGUACAGCAUGAGACCAAGGAGGAAAAAUCACACGGUGCGUUGGAUCUCUUCCGAACACCGAAUCUCCGCAAAAAGAGUCUAAACAUCUGCUUCAAUUGGUUUGCCAAUUCGAUCGCUUAUUAUGGACUGACACUUAACAUGGGUAGUCUUGUCGGCAAUCCGUAUCUCAUGCUGUUCCUCAGUGGCGUGCUGGAAGUACCGGCGUACAUUGUAAUAAUAUUCACCAUGGAUCGCCUUGGCAGAAGAUUUCUAAUCAGUUCGUUUAUGAUGAUAGCCGGCGUGUGCUGCAUCUGCGCCGCCAUCAUCACCGGCACGACUGGCGACCUGGUGGCCAUGGCCACGGUCACGAUAGUGCUCGUAGGUAAGUGCUGUAUAGCCGGUUCGUUCGCCGUGGUGUAUAAUUACACAGCCGAGCUGUUCCCCACGGUGGUGAGAAAUACGGCGCUCGGUAUUGGUUCCAUGUGUGCACGUCUCAGCGGCUCUCUCACGCCGAUGAUCUUUCUGCUGGACACGCUGGACCCACGAGUACCAGCCGCACUCUUUGGCUUUGUCGCCCUGGUGGCGGGCUUCUUGGCGCUCUAUCUACCGGAAACGCUAAACCAAUCGAUGCCGGAAUCUAUCGAGGACGGUGAGAACUUUGGUAUAGGUGAUACCUGCUUCACUACCUGCAUAGGCGGAAGAGCGAAAGUUGCCAUGAGCGAAGUCACGAUGGACAAGAUACCCAAGAAAGACGAAAAGGAGAAGUUGAAUGGACAGAAUUAUCAUCGGGUUUCCCGUGAAUGUCCAUGGUAGAAGUGAUUAAAGAUUCUAGCUGCUAUGUUCACGUUCGAAGAAAAUUCUUAUGAAACGCUAGAAUAAUUUGAGAGAGAGAGAGAGAGAGAGAGAGAGAAGGAGUCAACGAGGGAAUAAAUUUGUUGACAUCCCCGACUUAUCUCGCUACCUUUAGUGAGAUGAACCGACUAGAACCAACCGAGUUGAGGGUUAUGCGAGAUAAUGGGAAGGACGCGGGGGGAUUUAGAGCCCACUAUGAUCCUAAUGGCAAGGAUGCAAUUCAAAGAAGAUCUUCCGGGAGAACGCGGGAGAUCUUCGGUUCUGAUGAAACCGCCGACUCACCCCUCUCUUCCUAGCUAAUGGAAAAAGUUUGUCGCCCGGUCCAACGCUUUUCCAAUCAUAAAGUUUGAAAAAUGGUCACGUCUUGUUAUCCGUGGAUUUUUUUUUUACUAUACAAAAUUGACGAUAGUAACAAAAAGUCUUGUCUCCUUAGAAAAUUUCGCAAAGUUCUCGCCGGACACUUCAAGUUGUUUUUUAUUUUAUAACUGAUAUUAUUAUAACGUAUUAUGUGCAUUU